UACAAACUAAGCAUAAGUAUCCUUGUUGAAAUAGGAGAAAUGCUCUCGUCACUCUCAUCUCCCCGGCCUUUCGCUCAAUGGGGAAUCGACCUGCUCGGCUCUUUUGUGAAAGGCAAAGGAGGUUGCACAUACCUAGUUGUCGCGAUGGAUUACUUCACCAAAUGGAUAGAAGCUAAACCAUUGUCCACGACAACGGCGAAGAAGAUAGAAGAAUUCUUGUUCAAUUCAAUAUUGUGUAGGUUCGGCAUACCUAAGCGGAUCAUUGCUAACAAUGGUCCACAGUUCUGAGCCACGGCACUGAGAUCAUUCUGCAACGACUAUGGCAUUGAGCUCGCCUUGACGUCUGUAUAGACUCCGCAAUCAAACGGACAGGCUGAGUCCGCUAAUGAAAUUGUUCUGUGAGG